CCAAGUUUAGAUUUGAAAUGAAGCCCACCCUUCCAAUAACUAAAAGCAAAAGCAUUCCCGCAAUUUUACGUAAAAGCAACACAACCUUUCUGGUCACUACCAUUAUUUUCUCUAUAAAUACCACAACAUUUUGUUGCAAGAAAACACGCCAAGAAAAGAAAAGUAGAAGGAAAAAAAAAAAAACACUUCUACAUGCACAUUCCCUUUCUCUCAAAACGAAAGAAAAACAAAAACACAUUACCAACAAUGGGUGCAUCAAGCUCUUCUUCCUCUACCAAAACAUCUCAAAAUAAGGGUGUCCAACAAAAAGCCUUUACAGGGGUUGGAAACCUCAUAAAACUCCUCCCAACAGGAACAGUCUUCUUGUUCCAAUUCCUCAACCCUGUCGUCACCAACAAUGGCAAAUGCAACACCGUCAACAAGUACCUCGACGCCAUUCUCAUCGGCCUCUGUGGCCUUUCUUGUUGCUUUGCAUCUUUCACUGAUAGUUACACUGACAGUGAUGGAAAUAUCCACUAUGGAAUUGUCACUAAAAAUGGCCUUUGGCCAACUUCUAGUUCGUCAAGUUCCACAGAUUUAUCAUCAUAUAAGCUAAGGUUUGGAGAUUUCGUGCACGCUUUCUUCGCGGUGAUUGUGUUCGCGGGAUUGUCUCUCCUUGAUACAAAUACUGUGAGGUGUUUCUAUCCGGAAUUUGAAGAUACAGAGAAAGUUCUUCUUCAAGUUUUGCCUCCUGUUAUUGGUGUGGUUUCAGGCUCUGUGUUUAUGUUGUUUCCUAAUACUCGCCAUGGAAUUGGAUAUCCUCAAAGUGAUAGUACAUCACAGAAUACUACCUAGAGAUUUCCUAGCUAUGUUCUGUUUUAUUAACCGAAUUUGAAGAUUGAUUUAAGAAUGAUCAAUUUGGUUUUUGUUUAAUGUUGGCUUGGGUGUUUUUUUCUUUUGGGUUCUUGUUCAAAAUUUGUAUUGCUUGUUUAUAUAAGAUAUUCACGUUCUUGAUGGAUUUAACCUGCUAAGACAUGUACUAUGUAUGUUUUUUAUCGUUAAAUUUUUAAUCAAAGUUUGAUUUUUUA